AUGGUUGGUGUUCCGAGCAGUCGAGGCUGCAACUCAUGUCGAAAGGCAAAGAAGAGGUACAAGCCUGAUACACAGAGUACACAGCUCAUCACACCUCCUGCUGAAACACCUAGCAAUGAUACGACUAGACUGACCGCAGAGUUUAUAUCACUUAUGGAGAUUGAUGAUGAUCGGUUUGGUUUUGAAGCCUACGGUCCUUAUUUCUUUGCAGAUAUUCCUCGGCGUAUGGGUUCGAAUUCUGCUCUUGAUACUACCACUUCUGCCAUGAUAGCAUCGUUCCAAGCAGUUCGUCUGAGGAAGACUGCGGACAAGAAGACUUUUUCUCUCUAUGGAAAGGCGUUGAGAUCCUUGCAUGGCUGUUUGAGUGAUAAUAGCCAACCGGCUAUGCUCAAGUUGGAACUUGUUUUGAUGAUGAUGCUGUGUCAGAUAUACGCCGCUCUAUGCGACCCAAAUGUUGAGCUUGGGUCAUGGUUCUGGGACGUAGCCGUCCAGGAUACUAUCAUGACACGACCAUACCACUACGAACAGAGUCUCUACUGCUUCGAGCUCGGUGCAAUAGGCGACUUGCCUGUUUUCCUUCGAGAUCCGGAGAGAUAUCUUUACCAGUUGAAAUGCUACUACAACAUUCUCUCUCAAGAACGACAAGUGAUGAAGAAACUCUACGAAGAAGCCAUGGUGGCAACACUCCCAACGGAUGCAUCAGCAGCGUGCAGAAUGAAAGCCAUAGAGUACGCCUCCGGCCACGCAGGUCUUCUCGUCCAAGCAGCACUCAUCGGCCCAACACUCAAUCCCUUUGGUGUUCUUCCAGAUUACACACAAGAUUCUCGCGAUAUAUGCGAUGAUGCGAUACUUCUUGCCCAUCGAUGUCAAACAUUCAGACCAUGUGGAGCGUCCUACGUGCCUGAGCUCUUGAAGUUGGUCUGGGCGUCAUUGGACGACGGAUAUAGACAUGGGGAGCUGGAGAAAUUGAUGAAUGAGUAUGCUGAGGAUGUUCAGGGUGCGAGCUAUCUUGAGGAAGCGAAGAUUAUGAGGAAGAGGUUUGAUGGUCUUGGAUGGAGCAAUGAACAGCGGUUCUUGGAGGGGAGGGAUGAAGGGCUUGAGACACCGCCGCCGUGUGUGAUUUUGUGA